UAGUCAUACAACCGAUGAAUUUCUUGGGUAUAUUCCCGGUGCAGAAGCCAAUGCAAAUGGUGUUAAAAUGGUUCGAAGUCCUACAUUAAGGCGUUCAAUUGUUUUCAGAAUCAGUCGAUGUGGACCACGUGAAGGGAACAUACGUGGCCAUGAAUUCGUUGGAUAUAUUCCCGGUGCAGAAGCUAAUCAAGUAGAAUUCGUGUGGGCUCGUGCUUGCUGUCUCAAAAGAAAGUCAAAUACAAAAGUUAUGUGUAUGUGCAGAGCAGAAGUUAAUCUAGAUGAUGUUGAAAUGGUUCAAGAUCCUACAUAG